CGUAGCAAGAUGCCUUCAUGUCUCUCGGUGUUGUUCUGUAAACUGUAGCAAACAAGUAGUGCUUGGAGCUGCUGAAUGGGGCUGCCGCUGUACGGCAUGCAAACAGACAGAGGGGCCAGAGUGCAACAGGUUCCCUGGAAAACAUUCUUCUGAUCUGCAGAACAGCGCCUCUCAGAUAUUCCCACUGAACAGCACAAGUCAUGUACCAAGUUGUACCAGGAGGAGCAGGAGGCACAAUUACAGAUGUUAUCCCCAAGCAGAAACACAGAAAGGACACUCGACCCUUAGUCGGAGCAGGCGUAAUCGGCCUGGUGCUUGUGAUUGCAGCUGUAACUGCAUGGUGUUAUUACAUAGCCUCUCUCCGCAAAGCUGAGCUACUUAAGACUCAGCUGCUGGAUCUAAAUAAAGAUGGCUACAUUAUCCGCAACCAGGGAGGAUCCAUUGUUUUCAGAAUGGAUUUCAGGUCAGGUACUUUGGAUUUGGAUUCAUGUUCCAAAGAAGGAGAAAUGUUAAGUUGUGGACGCACCGAUGAUAGGAAACUGAACUUCUUCAUUGAGACAGUACGACCUAAGGACACAGUACAGUGCUACCGUGUGCGUUGGGAGGAGCUGGUUCCUGACAUUCCUGUUGAGCAUGCCAUGACAUACAAGUUUGCACACUGGUAUGGUGGUGCAGUGUCAGCAAUUCAGCACUGGCCUAUUUCUAUCUCUGGCCAAGAGGCUCCCAAACCCUUUGUUACAAGUGACAUCUACUCAAAACGCAAUGAAUUUGGUGGGAUUUUGGAGAGUUAUUGGUUGUCAUCCAAUGCCACAGCCAUCAAAAUUAAUAAUUCUGUGCCAUUCCACCUUGGCUGGAACGACACAGAGAAGACUAUGUCCUUCCAGGCGAGAUACAACGACAGUCCCUUCAAGCCAAACCCAGGAGAGAAACCAUGUGCUGAACUUAGCUACAGAGUAUGCGUGGGCUUAGAUGUGACAUCCAUACACAAAUACAUGGUCCGCAGAUACUUCAACAAGCCAAACAAGGUGCCUGCAAAAGUCAUGUUUCGCCACCCUAUCUGGUCGACUUGGGCACUACAUAAGACUGACAUUGACCAAGAGAAACUCUUGGCGUAUGCUACCAGCAUACGCAACAAUAACUUUAACUGUAGCCACUUGGAACUGGACGAUCGCUACACUUCCCGCUAUGGAGAUUUUGAGUUUGACACAACAAAGUUCCCCAAUGCCUCGGCCAUGUUCCAAAAGCUAAAAUCAGAUGGGUUUUUGGUGUCACUCUGGAUUCACCCGUUUGUCAACUACGACUCAGAAAACUUCCAUACAUGUGUUGAGAGGGGUCUGUUUGUCAUGGAACCAACAGGCCGACUGCCAGCCUUGGUGCGCUGGUGGAAUGGCAUUGGUGGCAUUUUGGACUUCACAAAUCCAGAGGCCCGUGAUUGGUUUUCCUACCAGCUACGUACUCUGCGCACCAGGUAUGGUGUGUCAUCUUUUAAAUUUGAUGCAGGUGAGACCAAUUACUUACCAUGGAAAUUUAGCACCAGAACACCAAUUCGGGACCCAAGUUUCUUCACAAGACGCUACACAGAAAUGGCUAUUCCCUACAAUGAUCGAGCCGAGCUGCGCAGUGGCUACCAGUCUCAGAACAUAUCCUGCUUCUUCAGACCAAUCGACAGAGACUCUGUGUGGGGCUAUGAGCUGGGUCUCAAAUCUCUUAUCCCCACAGUGCUCACCAUCAGCAUCCUUGGCUAUCAGUUCAUUUUACCUGACAUGAUUGGAGGGAAUGCUUAUCUUAACCGCACAGAUGGAAAUCGCGUGUUACCUGAUCGAGAACUCUAUAUCCGCUGGCUGGAGCUGUCAGCCUUCAUGCCCUCCAUGCAGUUUUCUAUUCCCCCUUGGGAAUACGACAAUGAGGUGGUUGAAAUUGCUCGAAAAUACACAGCCCUCCAUGAGAGUAUUGUGGCACCACGGGUCCUGGAGCUGGCCGGCGAGGUGCUGGACACUGGGGACCCAAUCAUACGUCCCCUGUGGUGGAUUGCCACUGGUGAUGAGACAGCCUAUAAAAUCGACUCCCAGUUCCUGAUUGGGGAUGACCUCAUGGUAGCCCCAGUUUUGGAGCCGGGAAAGCAGGAGCGUGACAUCUACCUUCCUGCCGGCCGCUGGAGAAGCUACAAGGGAGAGAGAUUUGAUAUCAAAGAGCCUCUGCACCUCACAGACUAUCCUGUGGAUCUGGAUGAAAUAGCUUACUUUGUUUGGGUGUAGCUGGAAGGUAAUGUAUCGAUAAACAGGUUUAAUUAGCGUGUGCUUGUAAGACAAGCUGGCUGCUUCACAAAUGAAGCUUUAAUGCAUUACAGGGGAGUGUUGUAUGAAAACAAAUGGCUGGUUAUGAAAAGCUUUUUUUAAAUAUGAAUCUUCAAAAUAAUUUAAAUAUUUGACACCAUGAGAAAAAUGUGAAACUUCAUUAGGAGAAAUUGCUCAAAAUCUAGCCUUUACUUUUAUUGGUAUUUAAACUAAUGAACUGUAUUCUUUGAAUCUCCUUUAUUCCCUUUAGUUUUGAUUGGAAAGGCAGCUAAGUAGAGUCUUUUGAAACAAGAGUGUGUAACUCUAGCUAACUAAUAGCCAUAACAGCCAAACGUUACAAUUAUGGGCUCAUGAUUAGUGGUCAAACAUAAUAUCACAGUAGCAUAGAUAGAACAGGGUCAUCAAGUCAACCACCUGACUCAUCACAACAGUUACACAGCAAUUUUAUCUGCUUCAAGUUUCCUUACAAUUAGCUACCAUAAGAUACUGGUUCUAGAAUAAAAACCCAGCAUAUAUUUCAGUGGCUAAGGUGUGUUUUAAUCAUUAUGCAUUCAGCUUUUAGUACAAGGAGGGUUAAGUUAAAUAAUUAGCUUUAAAGCCCAUACAAGCACAGAUAAGAAACAUUUGUCAAAAAGGGAAUAUGCAAACUGUGAAUGAAGUUAGCAAUGAUAGCCAUUGAAAGCCAUAAAGUCGUUGUGUUUUUGAAUAACUUUGCACUUUAAAAUGAAAGCCAAACAUACUUUAUCAUUGGGAGGUCAAUUGAAGGGUUGUCAUUAUUGACAUUAUGCAGAGAGUACGCCGUGCAAAAACCUCUGUAUUCAUAAAUAAUUCUCAGUUUGACAGAGAAAUCCUUCUCUCCUUUGACACUAAUGACUUCUCUUCUCUUCUGCUGGGAGAUACUUUUCAGGAAGUCGGCUUUUAUGCUUCCCUUAUCAGGAUGAAUGCCUGAAGUUUAAUCAUUACAAACGGUAUGCACUCUCAUUUGUGUAACAGAGUGUCAUGUAACUACUCUAAGCUGAGAAGAGGAUUCCUUUUAUUGGGCAAUAAAUAUUUUAUGCUCUUCCUCAGGUAACAACCUUUUUUCUGUCUGUAGUGGGUAGUGUUUUGAAGCAUCUGGUUAUUGUCCUUGUUGUGCUUUGCUGACAUUAAGUGCAGGUAAACAGCCAAUAAUACUAUAAUCUUUAAUACAUUUACUGCCACAUUUGGAAAGAGAUUUCUGUAUGUUUUAAAGUCUGAAACACAAUAAUUAAAAUGAUAAUAGUUUGGGUAAUUUGUACCUAUUGGUAUGCAGUGUGAAAUCCUCUAUAUACAAUGUUUUUAGCAGCAUUUAAUUAGCCAAUGUUCUACUUAAUUUUGUAAUUUUCUGUAACAGUGAUACCUGCCAUAUUUUUUCAUUAUCUUAUGUUGAUUUAACCCUUUAAGGUGUUAGUGACCUAUUUAUUUUUUUAAACAAUUACAUGGUCAACUUAAUGUAAAUUAACAUCUUAUCCCAUUAUUUAGCAACUGCAACUUGUUAUCUGAUGAUGAAACUGAUGAUUGUCUCAUGAAAGUCUUAAUAAGGCAGCAAUCGAGGAACAUUUUGUUUGUGUUGAUUUUGGUACCCCAUCGUCAUAUCUCUUUUCUGAUUCGUCUUGUCUUGCGUAAGUAUUUUGUUCUAACAAUAAAUCGUACCCUGCUUUCUUUCAACAGUCAAAUGUAUCAGUUUUGUGGAAAUUGCUGUUGAAACAGUAAAAAAAAAAAAAAAAAAAUGUUAUUUAAAUCUAAUCAUCUCACACCUACCCUGGGUAGCAGUUGCAUGUAUUGAACAUGACAAUAUAAGAAUAGUUAACAUUGAUGGAUUUUGUGAGUCAAAUAGACAUCAAAGAGCCACCAGUUAAAAACUCCUUGCAGGGGCUUUAAAGACACUUCUUCAUAGUUUUAACUAUUAUUAAUGGAAUAAUAGUGUUGACUUGGUCCAGCUUUAAGGAAUACAAUCACUUUCUUACAGACCCUUUAAUUCUAACACGUCUGUAAGAUCUCUGACUUGUGGCUUCCAUGUUGACCUCGUGGUUUUCCGCUUGUGCCUCUUGACAUAGUUUCAUCACAACAACACUUCCUAUUUAUAGCAGUUCUCACUCAGCAUCUGGGCCACGGCAAGCCUCUGAGGCUAUUUCUGUGUUAGACUGGCUUUCAUUUACGACUGGACUAAGAGAUCAUAUCUCAGACUGAAUGUUACUUUGCUUUUUGCUCUUUUGACCCUGCAAGUGUGUGUGCUAUUUGUGCCUUGAAUUGAACACAGUAAAGUGUGUUAUUUUGUAUGAAUGUAUAAAAAUAAAUGAAGUGUGUCCGUU